AUGGAUUACACUAUAAAAUCACUGUUUUUCUUGAUAUUUUCUUACUUUCUUACAAUGGCUUCAUCUGGAAAAGGUGGAAUACAAGAUGCAUUUGAUAAAUAUUCAAAAUUUGGUAAAACAGAAACACAGCUAAAAGAUAAAGAUAUUCGAAUUGAAUCAAAAAAUAUUCAAAAAAUGAUGAAAGAUACUGGUAUCAUUGAUACGAAAUACACAUCUCAAUUGCUUGACAACGAUAUUGCUCGUGUAUUAGGCAAACUAACAACUGGUGGUACAUAUCAAAAAGGAAUUAAAACAUUUGAAGUUAAUGGUUUUAAACAACUGGUCGAACAAAUUGCUACCUCGAAAAACGUUAGUGUUGAUCAAAUAAUAUCAAAAAUUGGUUCAACCGAUGGUCCAAGUCUUUCCCAUGUUACAGGUACUGCUAAUAAAGAUAUAACCGAUCGUAUGACGGAUACAAGUGGAUAUACUGGUUCACACAAAGAACGUUUUGAUGCUGAAGGACAUGGUAAAGGUAUCGAAGGUCGCGCAGAUUUAGCAGAUAAUAAGGGAUAUGUUACUGGUUAUAAAGAAGAAGGUUCUUAUGAUAAAAAGCAUUAA